GGCACUCAGGAGUGCGCCGCCACAGUUGCGAUAUUUGGAAGCGCCUACCUCAGGGACUCGCGUGCUUCGUUGCGUUGGGCGCGCUCGCCUUUCGAACAUGUGAGCGGAGACUGAUGUGGGACAGGCGGUGACAAGUGUAUAAAAAGGUGACAUUUAUGUUGUGCUUACUGCGAAAGAAGGGUGUGCUUUGAUGGAUUUAACGUAGAGAAGAUCUUGUUGGCGGAGCACGAAACAACGGCUGUGCGUACCGUCUUGGACACUACGAAGCCCUAAGAGUGAUUUCGAAGAGCGACAGAUGAUGACGUCCGAGAGCUGUUCAGCAACUUGAAAGAUGGAGAAUAACGAAAUUGGAUGGUAUCCACAGCAUCAAGGGAUUCGGCUGGUCACUAGGUAGACUGGCAACUGUUGGAACGGAGCAACAUAAGCGAAGCGGAAUCCUGGAUGCUCGCACUUAGGAAGGGAGACGGAGACCUGGCAAAGGUCCAGGUUCCCUCUGGUGAAAUGGCCAGAACGACAUGCUGCGGCCGAUGCAGAGGCUUUAUCCAUUCCGUGUUUUUUGCUGUCUGGUUGCAAGGAACGAUGACGGCCGUACACGCAGUGAAGUUGGUGAACGUAGACAUUCCCUCGCCAACAACAUUGGGCGAGACUGUGGGAUUGAGCUGCAUCUACGAACUCAACGGCGACAAACUCUACUCGGUGAAAUGGUACAAGAAUGACAUCGAAUUCUACCGUUUCGUGCCCAAUGACUGGCCUCCAGGACAGUUCCUUCCACUGCCUGGUGUAGACGUUGACUUAGCACGAUCUGGAAGAACAUCAGUCUACCUCCGCAACGUGAAUCUCCACAGCGCAGGCACCUAUCGCUGUGAAGUCUCUGCAGAAGCUCCCUCGUUCGACACCGUCGGUGGACAGAAAGACAUGAUCGUCUUAGUGCUUCCUACAGAAGGUCCAAGAAUAAGCGGCGAACGUGUUCGGUACAAAGUGGGAGACAGUGUGGCCGUGAACUGCACGUCCGCAAAGUCGAAGCCUGCAGCCACGUUGCGGUGGUUCAUCAACGACGUUCCCGUGGUCGAUCCCAGCUACGAGACCGAGUACUCGACGACGCUCCACAGCGACGGUCUGGAGACUGCCUCCCUGUGCCUGCGCUUCAUUGUCACCAGGGAACAUUUCAGAGACGGUAACAUGAAGCUAAAGUGCACGGCAACCAUAUCGCGCGUCUACACCAUGAGUAACGAGGAGCUCGUGCUUGGUGGAGGAAGGCAUCAGAAGGCUGGCUUGCACGUCAGCGAAAAUACAGGCAGAGUGCGUGGCAGCAGCGGAAGGAGUCAUCCUAGAACACACCGUUACCUCCUAGGCCUGUUUGCAGUUGUGUACCUAUCAACAACAACACUACUGUCGUGACCACCAGUGGUUUUCUCCCACCAAUCUGACAGCCCACCGCCCAGUUUAAGCAUGACAUAACAUGGCUGGACAGUGACUGUGAUAUUGUGCCCAGAUGCCGUCCUGGACAGUCUGUUACACGACUGUGACGUAACAACACGUAGUGUUCCUGCAUCACGUUCAGUUUCAUGCGGUAGCUUUGCUCCUCAUAUUAUCGAGUGCUGCAGAGAAUAAUAGUGAGCAGCUGCAUGAGACACUGUUCGAGACUAUCAUGGGCUAACAGGAUACUCGUAGCUCGGAGCUAUUUUUCUCUUUUCAGAAGGCUCAACUGACAGCAGAGGCUGACUGAAGUGUUUUCUACGGUUAACGACGGGCCUUUCCUGCACGUGCGCUCAGGUGCACAAAGUUCCACAUGCACAAGAGUUCCUGCUCACAUAUUACUAACACCAGUAGUAGGACGCCAAUAUACUCGUUUGAUCAUGGAGAAAUAUACGUGUAAGAUAUGGAUUAAACCCACUCUUUUCCAUGCAUA